CCAAGCUCUGAGUUUCUUUCGGGGAAAUUCGACUGGUUUUUCUUUCCCAAUUGCUGCUAUUUUUUAAACCAUUAUCAAAUUUAGGGUUCAUCAGAGAAGUAAGUUAUUAGCAUCUUCUUUGGAUUUUUCUCGUUUCUUUCUCUUUUUGUUUUCACUUUUUCCCCAUUUUCUUUGAAGUUUAUAGACUAGGACUUUGAGAGGAUCCCUUUUUUUCUCUUUAAGGGUUUUCCAAUGGCGAUUUAUACUUUUAAUUGAUAUUAAUUUGCGCCUGUUAGUGUUUAUGCAUCAAUGUAUAAAAUGAAGUCACCGGAGUUUUAAUGUCUGAAAGAGAUUUCUUGUUAUCUUUGAGUUUUUUUUGUUACCAUCCGAAUUAUUCAAGUGGUAUUUCAUACUUGUUCAUGAUAGAAUUUUUAUUAUUGUCAAUUCUUGUGCCCUUUCUUAUUGUUCAUAUCUGUUAAAUAUUGCUCAGCAGAAAACUGUUUGUUUUAUUUAAUAUUUCUGAUCCUUCUGUUUAGUUGUAUUUUGGGAUUGUAAUGAUAUCAUAGGAUUGGUCAUUAAUCAUUAAUAGUGGUCAGCUUAUAGAACUUCGAAAGAAUUACUAUUUAGGACUCAUGUCAUUUGAGUAAUCCGGGUUUCUUGGUUUCACUGUUGCCCUACUCCUUAUAUCAAGGUCGAGUGGUUAGCUUGGACGAAAUACACACUUUUGAAUUUUUCAUUUUUAUGAUAUUUUUGGGAUAUCAAACUGCAAUAUCUAUUUGGAGGAUGCUGGUUCUACACUUAUACUGCAUGGGUUACUGUAGUUCCUUCCCUUAGAUUAUAGCGGGUAAUUAAUCUCAGAAUCUUAGUGCCUCGUUUGGAGUUCUAUGGAGCAUGAAAGAUUGUAAUGUCUUUUGAUCAUUUGCCUUUUUCUUAUUGCUUUCUGUGGUGCGUCCAUGUGUUUUCUUUUCUUUUUCCUUUUGUUUUGCCUACAUUUUCUAUUUUAUUUUCGCAAAUCUAAUGCAUUAAUUAAAUAAAUCCACAGUUACAAAUCAAGAGGUAUAAUCUAUCAGACUUGUGGCGCUAGUGGGCUUCUGAGUUAACUAUUUACGGCCCAUUUGGCUCUUUGAAAAAAAAUAUUUCUUGAAAAUUCCAAGGAAAGAGAGAUGAUUGAGGGUUUGCAGGAGAUUGAGAGGGCAUGGGGUUUGUAGGGGGGAAAGCGAGAGAGAGUGACAGAUAAUUUGGGGUGACGAAGAUUCAUUUUGAGAUAAUGAAGUUUCUACAUAUUUAGCUGGAGGAUCCUUUUCCCAAAACUGAGGUCAAACAAUCAUUUGAAACCAUUGGAGUUGUCUCAUUUCAAGGGAAGAAUAUUCUAGAAAUUAAUUUUCAAGGACCCAAAUGGGCCUUCAAGGGAUGGAUCUAUCCCCUAUCCCUUGCAUUUGAUAAGAUGGAACAUAGAGACAAAUCUGGUGUAACAAUAAAACAAAACAACAUCUCUUUCUUUCUUAGAUUCAGAUGUAUGGUGCUACUCACGUUUUAUUUAUUAGUAGCCCAAUAUCCACGAUUGGAACUUGGGCUAUUUUUAGCCGUUGAAGAUAUUAUUAUAGUUUAAAGGGCUUCUUUUAUCAGGUAACCCAUGUGAGAUGGUGAUUUUAACUCUGUACCUUGUCAUAAUUGUUUGAAUGGGCACUUUCCAGUUUUGUCCUCUACCAGAAAAGAUUAUUUUCUCUAAUGCUGUUUUACAAUGAUUAGAAACUUACUUUCAAUUCAUAAAAAUUUGCCAAGUCACCUGAUUCUCCAGUUGCCUUGUUUUACAAAUGAUAGAUUUACAAUUUACCAGAACUUUUGGUUAUGCAUAUUUUUCUGUGCCAUGUUGACACCAAAAAUGGCAAUUUCUAAUUUGUUAAGAGUGUGUUUUGACUUGGUAAUGAGCUAGGUUUGAAUCCCAUUACAAGCACUUCUUUACUUUCUUACAAAAUUUUCACAUAUUGGGAAAACUCGUUCUUGUUUUUCCAACCUAACUUUUUAACUUGGUGAGUCGAAUCAGUUUCAGCAGUGAUGUUGAGUUUUUUAACAGGGCUAUUCCUAAAUAUCAGAGUUUAAGAUACUAAUAUUUAUUAUUUCUAUUCUAAUGACUUAGUGGUGUUACAAGAACCAAUAUCCCUAGUACAAUUCUCUUAAAUAAAACAAAGAAGUCAGAACCACCGCUAUCUUGUAAACAAUUAUUCUUGAAAAUGGACAUAUUCAAUGAUUGUGCACCUAAUGCUUUUAUCCUGCCUCGUUAAACAUCGGUGGCGCUAUGGAUCAACCAUAGCUUAAUUUGGACACCAGAUCAGUGGAUGGUUUCAAAGAGAGGUAAAAUCUUUCCUCUUCUUAAAAAGCGGAGGUUUGGUGUUUUUUUGGCGGAGGGACAGAAUUGAAAUGUGCCUCUCCUUCCAUUUCUGAGAUAAAUAGUAUUGGGUGCUCUCUUGAUAUCCAUGACUCAUGUGGGGACAGUGCUAAAAUAAGCAUCUCUUAAGGGGUCUCAGAGUUCUAGUGUUUUGAUAUGUCAAGACCUCUUGUCAUUUUUAUUUCUAUGUGCUUGAAGGAGGAGUUCAAGGGGUUCAAACUAGGUUUAAGGCUCACUCAGGCUGCUUGCCUUCCUUGCGCUUGAGGGGUUUAAUAGGGGAAAAUGAAGAGUAACAGGGUUUGUUCUGAAGGGAUCGUAUGGGGUUCAUAAGGGGAAUGUAUCUUAAUUAAGAAGGUUGGCAUGGGGAAUGGUAAGUGGCUUUGGAAAUCCAAGGGAUUGCUUGUAGAGUCAAUGAAGGAAAGGAUGUACUGUUGACUUGAGGCAAGGCAGGCGAGGGCAUUUACAAAGGAGAGCUAAAGUUGAUUUGGCUAAGGGAAGGGAGAAUAUUAAAGGAAGUUUCUUAAAUGUGUUUUAUGAGUAAGGGAACUGAUGUGCAGUUAUAUAAAGGGGAUCAUUUGGAAACCCACAUUUUAUAUGUAAUUUUGAAUGCUUUCACCAUGCUUACUAAUACAUGUAUUAUGUAUGUAAGUAUGCUAUAUAUCUGUACUCUGUAGUAUCUACUUUUCCUUCUGAUUGUGGGGAUUUAUCUAAUGUAAGAUUGAUAUUCUCUUUCCAGUCAAUUGACUGACUGAGUGACGAUUCUCUUCUGCUGAAGUCAUGUUGAUGUCAGAAAAGUUCAUUGAGCCUGAUGGAGAGCUUAAUGUGAGUUUUGGCUACCAGUGGAACAAUGAUCCAGAGAGACCAUAUGAAGAGAGUUAUGAGCCUGAGGCUCCAAGAAUGUGCAUGCAAUCUUCAAGAUUCAAGAGGAAUAGCUCAUUUUCUUGUUUGUCUGGGGCAGCACUUAGCGCCAAUGCAACCUUGGCAAAUACAAAUAUCUGCAAUGGCCUAAUUGGGUCAGAAAUAUUGCCUAGUUUGGAUUCUCCAAGGUCGUUUAGAAGGAUUCCAUCUUCUCCAUCCCUUUCUAAUUUGGAUAUAUUGUCAUCUUCAUUCCAGAGCACGGUCUCAACAUUGAGCUGUAGUUUCUCAACUCAGAAUGAAAUAUCUGAAUGUGAAUCAAGCUUUCUGAAACCUAUGAGUGCUCCAGCAAAGAGUGAAGGCUUUCUCAAUGCUAUGGAUCUACAAGUGGCUGGUGGAGCUGCUGGCGAAGAUAGAGUUCAAGCUGUACAUUCCGAAGAUAAUGGAUGGCUCUUUUGUGCGAUUUAUGAUGGAUUUAAUGGCCGUGAUGCUGCUGAUUUUUUGGCAGGAACCUUAUAUGAAAACAUCGGAUUUCAUCUGAAUUUGUUGGAAUGGCAUAUGGGGAGGCAAAAUGUUUCAGCAUUAAAUGAUAAUGGUCCGGAAGGCUCCAUGUUUUUAUUGGAAGGCUGUAACCCCAAGGAAAAAUAUCCUUUGAGAAGUAAUGAUAUUGAUGAUUCGUUCAGGCAUGGAGUGGUUGAUUGUCUCCAUAAGGCCCUUGCCCAAGCUGAGAAUGACUUCAUGUAUAUGGUUGAACAUGAAAUGGAUGGUCGCCCUGAUUUAGUUUCAGUUGGUUCUUGUGUUCUUGUUGUGCUUCUCCAUGGGAAGGAUCUCUAUACUCUAAAUUUAGGUGAUAGCAGAGCUGUUUUGGCAACGAAGAGCCAAGUAGACCAUGAGGAUGAGAACAAGGUUUUGAAAGCCAUUCAGCUUACAGAUAGUCAUACAGUAGAUAAUGAAAAAGAAAGAAUGCAACUUCUUGCUGAUCAUUGUGAUGAUCCCGUGACAAUUGUUGCUGGAAGAGUGAAAGGGAAGUUGAGGUUAACUCGUGCGUUUGGAGUUGGUUACCUGAAAAAGGGUGAAAUGAACGAUGCAUUGAUGGGCAUUCUUCGGGUUCGCAACUUGUUGAGUCCACCAUAUAUUGGUACUGAUCCAUCAGUGAACAUUCAUAGGAUCACUGAAUGUGAUGAGUUUGUCAUUAUUGGCAGUGAUGGCCUGUUUGAUUUCUUCAGCAAUAUUGAAGCUGUACAGCUGGUUUACUCGUUUAUCUCAAGGAACCCAUCUGGUGACCCUGCGAAGUUCCUUCUAGAAGAGCUUGUGAAAAGAGCAGCAGCAAAUGCAGGUUAUUUUGUAGGUUUCAGUACGGAGGAGUUGAUGAGAGUGCCUGCUGGUAGGAGAAGAAAGUAUCAUGAUGAUGUUACCGUUAUGGUAAUCCUUCUAGGAAAUGAUAACUGCACAUCAACUGCAUCAACAUCACUGUAAUUUAAGUGCAUCGUCAUGUUUGAAAGAUCCAUAAAUGCUCAAUAAAUAUCCUCUUUGCUAUUGUAAAUCCUCUCAUCUUAGCAUUAUGUCCACAAUAUAGAGAACAUACAGAGUUAACUGUUUUGCUUGUUCUUAACUGAGUCUGUCCAGGGAUUUCUGAAUUCAUUUUUUAAUUCUUUCUCAGUGUUAAUGAGAAUGAAUCUGUUAAUAUUUUCGGUCAA